AGAUCAUUCAAAACUGCGAGGGCGGAGACAAGGCUGUUUGGAGAACUGAGCGUGUACUGCUUGCCUGCCUGCUCCGGUAGUGGCUACGUGUAAUAGUAGGGGAAAAUGGCAGAUAGAAGAAAUAAUAAUGCUUCUAACACCAGUGCGAAUUUGCUAUUCAGCGCCGCCCCGGAGUUUAAUUUCACUUUGCCUUUCAUGCCAGUGAGUCAGGCCUCUGGUCCGGCGGUGUUGUCAGGAGAUGAUUCCACUGAUGUUGGAGAAGAAGACAGCUUUCUCGGUCAAACCUCCGGGAACGGACCAGCCCCCUCUACAUUCAACUACUUCUCCAGCCCCGUAACCAGCAGUGACCCGUUCGCGUCUAUCGGCCAGUCGCCAUGCCCUCCCCCAGCCCUGUCCGCAGCCCCCACAACAACAGGCCCGGUUUCGGUUCCCAGCAGUGUCCACGUGGCUCCACCACCACCUCCAGGCUCACAAAUGAACCCUGCUCCUCUAGCGUUUGGCAUUGCAGUUUACCAGAGCCCUAUGGGGCGUCACACUCCUCCCCCCACCACAAUGACUCCACCACCUCCUCAGAUGCAGCCACAGAGUCAUAAUCCUUACCGACACACCCCCACCAGCAGCAGAGCCAGUCCUUAUAUUCCAGCUCCGGAGAUCCUGCCACCAACACACACACCUCAGCAGAAUCCAUACUCUCUCAGCUCACCGCCACAGACAUUCCCACUGUCAGGACCCACAUUCACAAAGCCUCCUCCCACACAGAUCCAGGCGCCUCCACCUUCAGCCACCACUGCUGGAGCGUUAGUUCCUGCUGGUCCCAUGAUGCCAUACAACUACAAUGUCUAUGAGCCUGUUCAGCAUCACUGGUUCUACUGCAAGCAAGUGGAAUCGAAGAGCGUCUGGCUUCCUUUCAGCAUCAUUGACUCCCUUCAGCUAGAGGAGACAUAUAACUCAGUUCAGCCAGACCCAGAAAAUGUGAUCGUACGUACAGAUGGAGGGCGUUAUGACGUACAGCUCUAUGAUCGCAUCCGGACUUCAGUGUACUGGGAGGAGGAGCCUACAGAGGUCCGCCGCUGCUCUUGGUUCUACAAAGGGGAUACGGAUAGUCGCUUUAUUCCUUACUCCGAGGAGUUUAGUGACAAGCUGGAGGCAGAAUAUAAGAAAGCUGUGUCUACCAACCAGUGGCACCGUAGACUGGAGUUCCCAUCAGGAGAGACCAUUGUCAUGCACAAUCCAAAGGUGAUUGUGCAAUUUCAGCCCUCCUCCAUACCAGAUGAAUGGGGCACAACUCAGGAUGGGCAGACCAGGCCCAGAGUGGUGAAGAGAGGAACUGAUGAUGACCAUGAUGAAGUGCCUGAUGGGGAGCUCCCCAAGGUGGAUCAUCUUGUGUUCAUGGUUCAUGGAAUCGGUCCUGUGUGUGACCUCAGAUUUAGGAGCAUGGUCGAGUGUGUGGACGACUUCCGCAGUGUGUCACUCAAGCUGCUGCACAGUCACUUUAAGAAAUCGCUGGAUGAGCACGCCAUCAGCAGGGUGGAGUUCCUUCCUGUCCAGUGGCACACAGCUCUACAUGGAGAUGCCACAGGGGUGGACAGGAGGAUAAAGAAGAUUACCUUGCCCAGUACUGGACGUUUACGUCACUUUACAAAUGAGACUUUGUUAGAUGUCCUUUUCUACAACAGUCCCACUUACUGCCAGACCAUCAUGGACACGGUUGCCCAAGAGAUUAACAGACUUUACGCCCUGUUCAUGAAGAGGAAUCCAGACUACAGAGGCGGCAUAUCCGUAGCCGGACACAGCUUGGGUUCACUGAUUCUCUUUGACCUCUUGUCCAAUCAGAAGAAUGACUCUGCUGCACCGCUCAUGCCAAUCAUACCCUCCUCUAAUGGAGACACCAAACAGGUGACAGCCCCCUGUACACAGGGAAAUAAUGCCGUCACCCCUCCAGCUGUGGAAGAGGAGCCCAAAGAAGACGGGGAAGAGUUUGAGGAUCUGUCUGCUAUGCUGGAACAUCUGGGCUUGUCUGAGUACAAGAGUACCUUUGAUGAGGAGAGGAUUGACGUAGAAUCCUUCCUGAUGUGCACAAUUGAGGAUCUGAAAGAGAUGGGAAUCCCACUGGGUCCCAGGAAGAAGAUCGCCAAGUUUGUCAAAGAAAGAGUGAGCAAGCAGGCUGCACGUCAGGCAGCGCAGGAGAAUAAAGCAGAGGUCAGUCAGGUUGUUGCGCCUCCACCAGCACCAGCAGCAGCCGAAGCUCUUCCUGAUCUCACUGUGAAGAAGCUUCCAGCGGGCAACACUAUCUCCUCCAUCCACGUAGACUACAAUUACUUUGAAGUUGGCACUGGACAGGUGUCAGUGGUCUACCACGCGCUGGACUUUGAGCCAGUGAAUUUCUUCGCCUUGGGUUCUCCAAUCGGCAUGUUCCUGACAGUGCGAGGACUGGAAAAGAUUGAAGAGACGUACCAGCUGCCCACGUGCAAAAGAUUCUUCAAUAUUUACCAUCCGUUGGACCCAGUGGCAUACAGGAUUGAGCCCAUGAUAAUACCAGAGUUGGACUUGAAGCCUGUUUUGAUCCCACAUCACAAAGGGAGGAAGAGGCUUCAUCUCGAGCUGAAGGAGAGUCUCUCCAGGAUGGGCUCUGACCUGAAGCAUGGUUUUAUCAGCUCCCUUAGGAGCGCCUGGCAGACCCUCAACGAUUUUGCUCGCGCUCACACCGCGUCUGCCCAGCUUCAGGCUGAGCUGGCCAUCGUAGCCAAUCAGAUCGAAGAGCAGGAAAAGCAAGCACAGGAGGAGCAAAAGAUCCCAGAGAGCCCUGAACCACAAAGAGAAGAAGAGCCUCAGGUGAAGAUGGGGAUGUUGAAUGGGGGGAAUCGCAUUGACUACGUCCUGCAGGAGAAGCCCAUCGAGAGUUUCAACGAGUACCUGUUUGCUCUCCAAAGUCAUCUCUGCUACUGGCAAUCUGAAGACACAGCUCUGCUUCUUCUAAAAGAGAUCUACAGGACCAUGGCGAUCCAUCCAGAGCAGAUAGCACAUUAAUACAAUGAAGUACCGGAGAUGAAAAUAAGCCUGUCUGAAACUUCCCCAUUUGGUUUAUUUCUUGUCAGUUCUCCUGGAUUUUAAUUAUGCUUUUUCUUCUCUUUUAUUUCCAUGUAGUUCAUUGUAUACAGAUGAAUAAUACAAUCAGUAUUAUGCCAUUUGUCUUAAAUUAAGAAACAAAUUAGCUUGUAGAUUCAAAGACACUUGAGAAGUUUGAUAUUACAUUUUUAUAGAAUAAAUUAUAGAACUGGUCAAGUUUACUGAAAAUAUGCAUCCUCAAAUCAAAUGCUUACAGCAGAAAUGACAGAAGCAGUUCAUGCAGCCUUCUGUAUGUUUUAUUUCAUGGUCACAAUUUAAAAAUAAAUUGUUUCCUUGCACAGGUUAUUUCUGUUUGAAUUGUUGUUUACUGCUGAGAGGAAGGCAUGUAACAUUUCUCCUGCAGAGCGAGGAGACUAUCUACAAAAAGCUGUAACAUUUGCAAAAACAUUGAUUAAAAAAAAUUACAGUACAGGAUGAGAUGCAAGAAUAACCUGCUUUAAUUGUGAGAAAAAUAAAGCACUACGUAGACUUUUGACAGCUGUACUCAGUAACACUACUACUAAUCUUUGCGACUGAACUACUCAGCUGUAAUAUCCGCUCUCAUUAUGAGAUGGAAUACAAUUAUCAGGCCCACAGCUGUAUACACUGUUUCAAACACCUUCAAAACAAUCUCCAACAUUUCACUUUAAGCCUGUAGGCACGUACGACAAACGUAUUCAACUCACAUGUACCAAACAGAAAUAUUAGAAAAGUAUUUACAACAGUGGCUGUAACAUUCAAUCGCAGUCCAGUAUUAGGAAUCAUAGUGCUGUGAGUGAUUCUCACCAGGCAUAAAUGAAAUUUAUUUAUACAAAUAAUACUGGUCCAUAUAGACCUGAUAUCAUAGCGCUGCAUGCUAUAAGCACAUCUUUGCUCAUGGCUCUUAACUAUUUAAUCAACAUGCUUCUCUGUUGAACUGAUCACUUGGAAGCUGUCGUCAAAGCAAAGGAAGAACAGUGACUCAUUGUCACAAAACACACAAAGGUCCCUUUUUUUUAAAAAAACACUGCCAGUCUGAAACAACAUAUAAAUAUAAUACUAACAGAACAGUAUGGCUCCAUACACAAAUGCCAAUAUUCUGGGAAAGACUGUAAAUUACCUUGAUCUUCAACUUGCAGACAGCUGAGAAUCUACAGAAACGUUCUGGUUCUUAUGGGGUCAACUUGCAUUUUUUUCAACUUCCACUAUAAGAAAGUGCAAAUUCUUAUUUUUCCUUUUGUCAACUGUAAAUAAGUAGUUCCACAGCUUGACUUCACACUUUUGUAACUGAUUUUUUGUCUAUUAAAAAGCCACUCUAAACAUUG